CUCUGGUCUCUGAGAGAGAGACAGAGAGACCGCUGAAACGGCUCGAGAGAAUCAAGCCUCGUCGCCACGCUCAAGUAAAUCUCCUCCAUUGAUUGAAUUGCCAUUGCCUACGAAGAGUCCACCGCUUGGGACGAUUGACUUGCCCAUAUACGUUUUUGAAUUUGGACCUGUAUCAAAGUUGUUGGUGAAGUGGUGACUACUGGUGGUGACGUCAACGAGCGUCCCGUGUAUCAGUGCAGCAGCGAUUCGUGGGUGCGUGCGUGUUUCGUAGUGCGCGUUAGAGAGCGUGGGCGCAGUCCGAGAAAGUCGUGCCUCCCUCCGCUUCUAGAGCAGCAGCAGCAGCAGCAGUGCGAGAGCCGAUUCAGUGGACACAUAGUUAAGACUUUCGCUCGUGUGCUACGCCGUUCUGCAUCUCGAGCAUCGAACCUCAACCAACCACACAUCCUUCCUUAUAACUAAGAACUAAAGGUCGCCAGAGCCUCCAUCGAGGCUCUGCCGCAUAAAGUCAGCCACAACGGGUUCGUCAUCGAAGAAGAAGCGGCGCAGCUCGCGCGACCGUGACGACGAGGAUUAUCGGCGCAGCGACCGAGACAGGAACGACCGGGACAGCGACUACCGGCGAUCGUCCAAGUCGUCCUCGUCGCGCGACCGAGAUCGCGGCGACCGCGACCGUAGCAGCGGCGCCGGAGACAGAUCGGAUCGCGACCGAGGCGAGCGCGAGCACCGUAGCAAGUCCCAGUCGAGCAACCAUCAGGAGCACACUCCGCCGCUGCUGAAUCAGCAGCAGUCCCAGUCGCUGGCCGCGUCGGUCCAGCAGCAGCAGCAGCAGCUCGGCUCGUUUCAGCAGCCUCAGUCGGCCUCCGCAGAGACGUCUCAAGACGGCAGCACGAUGAGUGGCUACGACACCAACGCCGGCGGCCCACCUCAGACGUUCUCCCAGAGCUCGGCAUUCGCAGCAGCUCUUCAGCGCGCUAAGCAGAUUGCUGCAAAAAUAAAUCCACAAGGAACUCAGAAUAGCCUAGAUCCUGCCAAGAAAAGACCCCUUGAAGAUUCUAUAGAACCAGAGGCCAAAAAGCUGGCUCCUACUAUAGCAGAUCCAUUAUUAAGCAUGCGAGGAAAUUUAAACCCAAGCUUACAAGAUCAAAUGAAACCAGAUAUGACACAAUCUAUAAACCCUGCAGCUAUUGGAGGUAUUUGCAAUGAAGAAAUUAGAGUUCCUGACAAAAUGGUUGGAUUAAUUAUUGGACGAGGAGGUGAACAAAUAACACGAUUGCAAAGUGAAACAGCUUGUAAAAUACAAAUGGCUACUGAAAGCGGAGGAUUACCAGACCGUACAUGCACGCUUACGGGCACUAGGGAUGCUGUCAAUCGAGCCAAAGAACUUAUUACAACUAUUGUUAAGAGAGCCCAAUCCGAGAGUGACCAAAUUCCUGGAGCAAAUCCACCUUUUCCUGGUACUACAAACCCAGUUGUCUCAAACAUUAUGUCAGGACAUCCAGGUAUUCAAGAAAUAAUGAUUCCUGGAUUGAAAGUUGGCUUGAUUAUUGGCAAAGGAGGUAACACCAUCAAGCAACUGCAAGAAAAAUCUGGCGCUAAAAUGGUUAUCAUUCAAGAUAAUCCAGGUCAAGAGAAUGAAAAACCAUUAAGAAUAACUGGGGAUCCCCAACAAGUAGAACACGCUAAGCAACUGGUUUAUGAACUGAUUGCUGAAAAAGAAAUUCAAAUGUUCAGUAAAGGUGGUGAGAGACCUUUCAUCCCAGCUGAAGGUGGAGGAAAUGAGGAACUUAUUGUCCCCAAAGAAGCAGUUGGUUUAGUAAUUGGAAAAGGCGGAGAAGCUAUUAAACAGAUGCGACGAGAAACCGGUGCUAAACUUCACAUUGUGGUUCCUCCAAAUGAAGAUGGCCCAGGUGAUAGAACCUGUGUUAUUACAGGUCCACCAGACAGCGUUGCAGAAGCAAAACGACGUAUUGUAGAAAUGAUUGAUAGUUGUGUACAGAGACGUGGCAAUGGAUUCCAAAAUAAUUAUUGGAAUCGCCAAGACAUGACAGGCAAAAUUGAAUUUAGCUAUACAGUUCCGCUUGCGAAGUGCGGUAUAAUCAUUGGCAAAAGAGGAGAAACAAUCAAACAUAUAAAUGCUCAGACUGGAGCUCAUUGUGAAAUAGAUAGACGAAAUCCAGGAACAGAAUCCGAAAAAUCUUUCAUUAUUAGAGGUACUCCGGAGCAAGUAGAGCACGCUAAGAGGGUGUUCAGUGAAAAACUAGGCACACCUAUGCCAGCUGGUACGAAUGUUUAUGGUGCCCAAAACCCAAUGGGAUAUUAUCCAGGAUGGAAUGCAGCACCUGGAUAUACCGCAUGGCCUGGUACUCAAGCCACCGAUCCAAAUGCAGCUGCUGCUGCAACAUCAGGUGGUGUACAAAUAGACCCAGCCACUGGUCAACCAGAUUACAGUGCUCAGUGGGCUGAGUAUUACCGGUCCCUUGGAAAACACAGUGAAGCCGAAAUGAUCGAACAAAAAGCUAAGCAACAACAAGCUGCAGUAGCUGCAGUCAAAGAAAUGCAAGAGCAAAAGCCAGCUGUACAACAGCAACAACCCCAACAACAACAGCAACAGCAGCAGCAGCAACAACAACAGCAGCAACAACAACAGCAACAGCAACAAGCUAACGCUCAACAAAACGGAGGACAAACUGAUUACAGUGCACAAUGGGCUGAAUAUUACCGAAGUAUUGGUAAAACUGCCGAAGCAGAGGCUAUUGAAGCCCAAAUGAAAGGUGGUAAAUCUGGAGCUAGUCAGCCACAGGCUCAAGCACAACCUGCUACUAUGGCUAAUGCGAUGCCCACUACUACUACUCCAGCGUUUCCGCAACCAUACGUCUAUCCAGGAAUGAAUCCUGCCAAUCCAGGUUAUUACACUCCUGGUGCCCAAAGUGCAGCGACGCCAGGACAAACUCCGGCAUUCCCUGCAAUGAACUACCAGAACUAUCAGUAUCCUCAGACAAGUACAGAGAACUAACUCUGCUUAAACGGAAACUAUUAAAAUAACAAUAGAUUUCCAAAAGGAUGUAUUAAUCCAAGAAGAAUCACUUGAUUAUACAUUUACAUAUAUAUCAAUAUAUUUAUACAUAUUUAUGUGUAUGUAAGCGUGUAUAUAUACAUUACUGAUUUUUAGAAUAUCAUCUCAUUAUAUAUCUAUAAGUUUAAAAAUGACUUAUAUUACAUCUCAUUUACAGCAGUUUGAUUGUACAAUAAUACUAAGUUUCUGUAUUUGAUAAAUGUGAAGCAUUUGAAUGAAAUAACUUAUACUGAAUUAUACUACAUUUUUAUCAUAGUGUAUCAUGACUGUAAACUUUUAAUACUGUGUUACCAAUGCAGUCUUACCUUAGAUGUUGUGUUUGAUUUUUUUAUGACCGCUAAUUGAUUAAAUUUUUGGCUUCAGCGCUAAGAAUUUAUUGAUAGUAUGCAUCAGGUCAUGCCAUUUUAGCUGCAUCUGUAAAUUUAUUGAUCAUUGAAAAUCAGUUGAGAAUUGAGCAAUUUUUGUAAUCAGUGGAUGAAAUUGAAAUGAUUUAGUCUUUGUUAGUACACAGACGUGAACGAUUUUUUAAUAUCUUAAGUAUAAAUUGUAGACUAAGCAUUUUACGAACUAUAACGUUUUGUUACACGUACGUUUUCAGCAAGAUGAUCGAUUGUUGAAAAUACAGAUAACAUAGUGAAAAUGGAUGUUUGAAUAACAGCAAGCUUAUAUUAUGCACUUGGGUGCUGUGAACAGAGACUUAGUUAUACAUGAAACGAAGAAGAGAAGACCAAAAAGUUAGAUGAUCAAAAUGACUUCCUAAUGAUGCACAUGAAAAGCUGACUGAAUGAUAUGAGAAAAAUAAUUUGAUUUUUUAUAAAUAGAAAAAAAUUUAUGUAAUUCAUAUGAAUAAUUAAAAAUCACAUUG